AUGCAAAGACUUAUCAAACCAAUAACCAUAUCUUAACCAAUUCUAUAAAGAAUGGAGAACACAAGAUCAGAUUGUUCUGCUGAUGAAGAUCUUAGUUUUAUAGAAACUUUAAGAGCUGAAGCUCAAAAUCCCAUGAUAAAGAACUUCUUGGGAAUGGAGUGCCAAGUUGAUGACACAUAAGAUUUAGAAGAAUUCCUUAAUUCUCUUGAUUGA